AUGCAGACCCCUCCGUACGGACCACCCGGCGGCUUCCCACCACAGCAGCAGCAGCAGCAGCCGCCGCGUGCCAAUGCGGCGUUCCGCCCCUUCAAUCCAGCGCACAUGAACGCGCCACACUCGGGGAACAACGCGCCCAGCGGCACUACCCACAGCCAGAGCGGGCAAUACAGCGCCCAUGCGACCCACGCGUCUGCCGCUACUAGCGCCACCAGCAGGAGCAGCGACUUCCCAUCGGGACCCGUGAGUCAGCCCACUGCUUUGCCGGCGCAGCCGUUUCGUACCCAUUCGGGGGCCCCGCUAAGCAGCGGUGGGGGCUAUAGCCGUCCAGUGGCUGGCAAUGUGCCAGUGAACGGAGCCCCAAUGAUGCAGCAGCACGUUGCACCAGCUUUGAACAACGGACUUUCGAUGGGUCAACAAGGACCGCGUGGUGCUUUGCCUGGACCUCUACCAGCUGCUGGACACAUGGGCCACGACCACCCGACCGACGGACUUGCAAAGCAGUUUGCAAAUAUGGGAGUGCAGGGACGCCCUGGCGUGGGAGCUACGGGGCCGCAGAGAGGCCUGGCACCACCGGCACUUGGUCCUGCACCUGCUAUGAAUCACCAGCACCACCAGCAGCAGCAGAUGCAGCAACAGACGAUGCGGAUGGCUCCACCAGGUAUGAAUAAGCCACAGCAGCAGAUGAUGCCCCCUCCGAUGAUGAACCAGAAACAGCCACAGCAGCAGCAGAUGAUGCCGCCUUCGGUGAUGAACCAGCAACAGCCACAGCGGCAGCAGAUGAUGCCGCCUCCGAUGAUGAACCAGCAACAGCAGAUGCAGCAGCAGAUGCCGCCUCCGAUGAUGAACCAGCAGCAGCAGCAGUCAUCGGCGGCGUACAGCAACAGCCUUCCAAGUGGAAACUUUCAGCAACCUCAUGACAUGACAAACAACGGAUAUGGGGGACAGCCAGGGUUUCAAGGACAAUCGAUGCAACAGGAGUUUCCUUUGAGCGAAACAAUGAUGGCAUCGCAGUGCGACUCGCGGUUCAUGCGGCUCACUGUGAAAGCAUUGCCGCACUCGCUCGACGAUGCAAACAAGUCGAAACUGACGUACGGACUUAUUAUUCGACCAUUGGCACCGACGGAAACGGGACGUGACCUGGAAGUAGUCAAUUUCGGGCCUGCUGGAGUCGUGCGUUGCCGCCACUGCCGCACGUACAUGAAUCCGUUUGUCCAGUGGGUGGACAAUGGCCGUCGUUGGCGUUGCAACCUUUGUGGUGUGUCGAAUGACGUUGCCAGCUCGUACUUCUGCCAUUUGAAUGCGAAUCAGCUGCGACAGGAUCGGGAUGAACGCCCAGAGCUUCAUUCAGGCAGUGUGGAGAUCAUCGCGCCGUCAGAGUACAUGAUGCGUCCUCCCCAGCCUCCCUGUUACGUGUUUGUCAUUGACGUUUCAGCGACUGCUAUUGCAUCCGGCUCCGUGCAGGUCGCGGUUCGCACGAUCAGGGAACAGCUUGAUCACCUUCCGGGUGCACCGCGGACGCGCGUCGGUUUCCUCACGUACGACAGCACGAUUCAUUUCUACAACCUGAAGUCAACAUUGAAGGCUCCACAGAUGAUGGUGGUAGCUGAUCUAGAAGAGCUCUUUAUCCCCAUUCCGGAUGAGUUGCUCGUAAACUUGAGUGACUCGCGCGAGGUCGUUGAGAUGUUGCUCGAAACGUUGCCCACUAUCCACCAGCACGCGAACUCUGCCGAAACCGCUCUGGGACCUGCGAUCCGCGUCGCCUUCAAGCUCAUGUCCUCGAUCGGUGGUAAAAUGAUCGUUUUCCAAAACUCGUUGCCAUCGACCGGAAAUGGCGCGCUUCGAAACCGUGACAACCCUCGUGUAUACGGGACGGACAAGGAAUACACCCUACUUCAACCCAUAGACACGUUCUACCGCACGAAUGCCAUUGACUUUUGUCGCCAACAAGUCAGCGUGGACUUAUUUCUGUUCUCUUCGAUGUAUAUGGAUAUCGCCUCCCUGGGCUCGCUGGCAAAAUACUCGGCAGGUCAAGUGUACCAUUAUCCUAGCUUCAACGCUGAGCGAGACGGGGAGAAAUUUAGCAAAGAGCUGGCGCACUGCCUCCUUCGUGAGACUGCUUGGGAAGCCGUGAUGCGCGUCCGCUGCACAAAGGGCAUGCGCCUCGCAAACUUUUAUGGCAACUUCUUUCUGCGUGGACCGGAUCUACUAGCGCUUCCGACGUGCAAUGCAGAUUCGACUUUUGCGGUCGAGAUCACGCACAGUGAUGCUCUCUUAACAUCCUCGACUAUCUCCGUGCAGGCUGGUCUGCUGUACACGAACUCGGGCGGUGAACGACGUAUCCGUGUGCACACGAUCUGCAUUCCGGUCACCAAACUGUUCGCAGAGCUCUUCCGCCAGGUCGAUCAAGACGCACUGUGCAACAUCAUGGCCAAGAAUGCACUAGAAGUUGCACUCAAGACAGGACUGGACAGUGGUCGGUCGCGGCUGCAGGCCCAGUGCGUAGACAUCAUUCGUGCCUACCGCAAUUCGGGCACAUAUGGUGCCAAGCAAUCCUCUGGUUACCAGUUACACCUGCCCGAGUCAAUGCAGCUCCUGCCUCUUUACAUCAUGUCUCUUAUGAAAAACUCAGUCUUGCGCGGUGGCACCGACCUACAUGUGGAUGAGCGCACGUUUUUGCAAUAUGAGUUGAACAACAUGCCUGUCGAGCUAUCGCAGGCGUUCAUCUACCCUCGCAUGUUUGCUCUGCACAACAUGCCGCCUGAAGCGGGUCUGCCAGCUGUAGAAGACCAAAGUACUGGAGACACACAGGGUACCGACGCGACGUCGAUUGUGCUUCCACCAGUGGUCAACCUCUCGAUCGAACGGCUGCAGUGCGACGGAGUGUUCCUGUUGGACGACGCAUUGAGUCUGUAUCUAUGGGCUGGCCGUUCGGCUCCACCUGAACUUUUGGAGAGUCUCUUUGGUCUUUCUUCGAUGGAGGGCUUGGAUUGCAGCCAGUUGAAACUUCUGGCCCCGCACGACGAGACAAGCAGUCGCGUGGACGCCAUUGUGUCAGCUAUCCGUGCGGAACGAUUGCCUCACCAGAACGUGGUAAUCAUGCGGGAGGGCGAUCCGACAGAGGGUCGUUAUUUUUGGAAGCUCGUAGAAGACCGGGCCAGCUUCCCCGGUGGCCAAUGCUCGUACUCGGAGUUUCUGGGCCAGAUCAACCGCAUGAGUCUCUCAAGUACAACCAGCGGAAGAUAG